GAAAUCCGCCGGGGCAAGUACCCCAAGGUUAAGACGACCGACGUGGACGUUCUGCACACGGUGUCGCAGCUGUGCAUUCCGGCGGACAGCUCCAUAACGGAUGGCCCGGCCCCGUCGAUCACCGUCAUCACAACCGACGUUGUGGAGAGGCUGCUCCAGGACAAGCGCAGGCUUGAGCUGGUUCAACCAUUCAAGCUCGCUCUGCUGAAGGUGGACUCGCAGGAAGCUGCCCGGCUCAUUGCGGCUGGCGACUAUGACCUCGCCCUACCUGUGGCCCUGGAAGCCGUGAGAAAGGGGCAGGCGGUUUUCAAGCCUGCCCCCGCCUUGCAG